UUUCCCGAUCACCAAAUACCAGUAAAACAAUGGCGACAACAUUUCUCUCAACCGCCAACUCCUUCCUCUCCUCCUUUACUCUUUCUUCUUCUUCUUCUUCUUCACCAUCUUCUUCUCCUACUUCAUUAUCAUCCUCCCCGACAUUGCUUUCUCCACAAAAGCCCACUCCCAAGAAGCUCUUAUCUAUCUGCUACCCCUACACCGACUCACCACCCCUUUCCCCGUUUUGUACCAAAAGAAGCUUAUCAAUCAGCUUCAUUGCCACUUUUCUCUUCUCCCUUCCUGGCAAAGAAUGUUUCCACACUGCCAGUGCAGCCAUUUUAGAGGCUGAUGAUGAUGAAGAGCUUCUGGAGAAGGUCAAGAGGGAUAGAAAGAAGCGGAUUGAAAGACAAGGAGUUAUUAAUUCAUCUAAUCAGGAAAAAGGAUAUCUGCAGGAUCUAGUGUACAAGUUAAGCAAAAUAGGUCAAGCCAUUGAAAACGAUGAUCUUUCUACAGCCAGUUCAGUCCUUGGAGGGAGCACUGGUACAGAUUGGGUCAAGAAAGCAAAUGUAGCCUUCACUAAGUUGAGCUCCAGUCCUGAAGAGAAGACUGAAGUGGAAACAUUCAAUUCUUCACUGGCUUCAUUGAUCUCAUCAGUGUCUCAAAACGACAUUGAAUCCUCCAAAGUUCAUUUUGUGUCAUCGGCCAGUGCAUUUGAGAAGUGGACAACCUUGACAGGGCUGGUAGAACAGCUGAAGGGCCUUUAAAAGGACAAAAGAAAAAAAAUAAAAAGAACAUUUGGUGGUUUACCAUUCACAUUCUUUUAGCAUUGGGAGGGAAAUUUUACAGUUUUCGUUUUCUUUAGCUUUCUUCCAUUUUCCCAGGAGUCACUCAUAUUCAAGACUGACAAGCUGUUCUUUAGUUGUAACACCUUGCUCAAAUAGUUUUGAGCUUCGAAGGUUUAUAAAAGUUUCCUAAUCUUUUUCUCA